CGGAUGGCAUCCACUCUCCAAAGUGGUCAUCCGCAGUGUUACGAUCAACCGAACGGAACCGGAUCCGAGCGGGCGGUUUUGUUGUAGGCUGCAACGCAAGACGCAGAAGAAGUACCAACAAUACAAACAACCAAAGCAAGUGUAAGACGGCAGAUCCCAGGAUUUCAAUUUCAAUCAGGCAGCUUCCCCGUUUCUGUCCCUUCCGCUACAACACGAACCUGCUCGGACUGGCCAGCAUCCUCGUUAACGAUAAUUGAAACUGACAGAUGGGCAUGGCAUAUCGGAAACUAACCACUACUAUCUCUAUAUUUAUUGAUCAGACACCAUUCGAUCCCAACAGGCAGGACCUCUUUCUUCACGUCGUCAAAUAAGCUGAUUUACCACACGUUUUAAUGAUCGCUUACGGUGAUUUGGUGUUUCGAACGCUAACGAACGAUCGUGAAGGUGGGUGCCAAACGUGGAGUCAACCGAACCGUACGGUGAACAACAAACGCAUCCAAAUUCCGCUGGUGGCAACGGACUUGUAACGAGCCCUCGAAUGUACCACAAGGACGGAACCGUAGAUGUGAAGCUAUUAGCCGACCUUGGGUACAUAGCCGACCGUCUUCGGAACCUGGAACAGAAGUGGGAUUUGACAGAGCUGAAGGAUCUGCAUCGGCGCAUCGUACUCAAGUUGGACGAUCCACCGACGAGCGUACUGCGACUACGCGAAACGAUUACGCACACGCCGACCGUACCACCGGGGUCUCCAGUACAGCAGGAGCAGGAAGUGCCAGUGAACGAGGAAGCAGGUGUACCGGUUGUGAUCGUUGCAGAUGAACAAGCGCCCAGCGUGGUAGUAGUGGAGGAAUCGUCGGAAUAUUCUGCAGCAUCCAACGCAUCCAACCGCGACAAGGAUGUUAAUGAUUGUAAUGAAAAGAUCGUCUGGGAUGCUGGAAAUGUCGACGAAAAAGUACAAAAACUAGACCAGCUAGAGGAACUAGUGAUCGCUUUCUAUCGCAGCUGUGGUCGACGCUAUUCCGGGUGUACGGUGGAGCUUCCGGGCAAUACCACAGCCCGAGACGGUCCCGAGCACAGCCGUGCACGAACGAAACGUACCAAAAAGAAGCAUCCGAUCAGGAAAGUGGUGGAUCCAUCGUCACCAUCACACCAAGGUCAGCAGCAAAGGCAGCAACCGGAUCCUGAUCGUACUAUGAACCAAGGCGCCGACCUGGACCAGGAUCGGGAUCAUCUCGCACGUGUUGCACCAUCGCCAGCAUCGUCCGACACCAGUGCCGUCCCGUGCGUUGACACGCGGCAAACAUCACAACCGUUGCGCUCGAUCCACGGUGAGGACGACGGCCCGAUCGGACCGGGUUCGCUCGAUCGCGAGACAGCACUUGACGACGAGGAAGAUACGGUUACGCUGACAGCAGAAACGAGCAGCGAAUGCUGCAGCCAGCGAACUGUGGUAGCAUUGGCGGGGGCAGAGCCAUCACCCGUCCAUGACCGGACCGAAACGGUCGCCGGCAGCGACACGACCACCGACGACGACAACGACGAAAACGAGGAGGACGGCGAUACGGGUGGUUCCGGCGCGGACGCCAACGAUGAGGCGGAACUGGGUGAUACGCGCACCGGACGAUCCACACUAGAGAAGGAUUCGUCACCCUCAUCCCGGCGGUGCUCGCUCGGUGGUGAGUUUGAGACGGAACAGAACCGGCGCCUUCGACGUCGGCUGUCCGAGCUGACGAACAACUUUUGCACACCGAAGCAGUUUCAGCAGCUAUGUGACAAUCUGGACAGCAUCACCGACAACGAUCUGAAGCUGCUUAUAAGGGAACUGAAGAGAAAGAUCGAAUUUGCCGAAAGGAUGAACUGGCUGUGUCUGUCGAGUAGACCGCGCGGUCCACCGCAUCGGAAAACUAGCCUACCAAAGCACACGGACGUGAAGCAGCGCUUCCUGGAGACGUGCGACACGACGCUAUCGGACGAGGUGAAGGCCGCCCUGCGGCUGCCAGCAUUCGAUUCGUACGAAUGGGAAGACUGGGACGUGAUCCACCUGAUGCAGACGAUGUUUGUCGAGCUGAAUUUGCUGGAAAAGUUUAACAUACCGAUCGGGACGUUGCGCGAGUGGCUGUACGAGGUGUACAAGCACUACAACGAUGUACCGUUCCACAACUAUCGGCACUGCUUCUGCGUCGCCCAAAUGAUGUACGCCAUCGCAUGGCACACGAAUCUGGUGCAACGGCUAGGCGAGCUGGAGGUGUUGGUCUUGCUGGUGUCCUGCAUCUGUCACGAUUUGGACCACCCCGGUUACAACAAUAUCUAUCAGAUUAAUGCACGAACGGAGCUAGCAUUGAGGUACAAUGACAUUUCACCCCUGGAAAACCACCACUGCUCGAUCGCGUUUCGAUUGCUGGAACAUCCGGAAUGCAACAUAUUUCGCAACAUGAGCAAGGAGAUGUACAAAGAUGUACGCGAGGGAAUUAUCCGGUGCAUAUUGGCCACCGAUAUGGCCCGACAUAACGAAAUCCUCACGCAGUUUCAAGAGGCUACACCCGAAUUCGAUUACGGCAACAAGGUUCACACGAAUCUGCUCUGCAUGGUACUGAUCAAGGUGGCGGAUAUUUCGAACGAAGCGCGUCCGAUGGACGUUGCGGAACCUUGGGUUGAUCGACUGUUGCAAGAGUUCUUCGCACAAAGCGCAGCGGAAAAGUCCGAAGGUCUACCGGUGACCCCGUUUAUGGAUCCCGACAAGGUGUCUAAGCCGGGUAGUCAGGUGCGCUUCAUCGGUCUCGUACUGUUGCCAUUAUUCGAAGCACUUGGUGACCUGCUGCCGGAACUAACCGAUCUUAUCAUCACGCCGGUGCGGGUCGCUCUGGAUUACUAUCGACGCCUGAACGAUGCCGCAAACAAAACCCGUCGAUCGAUCGCCGAAGCGGAGGCCGCUUCCUCCGAGAGCGGUGGCUCACCGCAACUGCCACGGUCGCAGUCCGGCAUCAGCGUCAAAUCUCGACGUAGUAUUCCCUCGCAAAAGUCCGCAUCUCGCACGUCUGUUGAUGAGCCUAUUUUAAUUGCAGCCGAACUGCACGAUCUACCGGAGGGCAGCGAAAGCGGUGACUCCGAGACGGCCACCGAAGUCGACGUGGCAGAGAAAACGUCCAAAUUUAAGGUGGACACGGAAAGCAUCCACCGCAAACAGUCGCACCCGAACUCCCGGAAGGGUAGCCGCGAGAAGCGCCCCUCGAUGAUCGGUGAAUACUACACCACAGGUACGCGCACCCGUGGUUCCCACGGCAACAUACAGCAUACUAAUAAUCGCACGUAUUUUGGUUCGAAUCGCGCCAUUAGUCUAGACCAGUACAGUAACAACCGGCGCAUGUCCGACGGCGUCCCGAUACAGACGGUCCACUCAGACAACAGCGUGCUGUACUACCACCAUCAGCGGCAGCACCGCAGCCUUGACCACGACACUAUGUAUUCGUCUUCGGACAAGAGCACCAGUCUGAACAGCACGCACGAUACAGCGCCGACAGGGACAGAUCCGGCUGCCCAGCACGUACCACCGCCGGUGACGGGGAAACAAAGGUUGGGCAAGCUGUUUGGCAAUGGCAGUGGCAGCCCGGUGGCCGCCGCAUCGGCGGUGGCAAAUCUCAAAAACAACAACAGCAACAGUGGAACGGGUGGCGCAUCGAGUAGUGGCGCUGGGAAACACUUUUGCCGAAUGUUGAGCUUUAAUCAGCAGCAAAAGCUGGACAAGCUGCGCAACAACAAUAACAGCCAGAACAAAAACAACAACAACAACAACAACAGUAGCAGCAACAACAAAAGCACCGAAGGCAACGGCAACAAUAACAAUAAUAAUAACAACAAUAACAAUAGCAUUAGCAACAAUAAGAACACGCACAGUGCUGCGUCGAACAGUCACGCCAGGCAUCUCGAUGGGCGUGAAGCUUUUUUUGCGGGUGCGCCGGGAAUGCACCCGGUGGCGGGCUGCCCCGCUGGUGGUGGUGAUGGUGGCGGCGGAACCGAUGGGACCAUUUCCGGGAGUGUCGGAGGUGGCGGUAAUGUGGAAGCAGGCGGAGGCGGUGUUAAGGGUGGCAAUGGUAAUGGCAGCAAUAAUGGACCGGCGGGCCGUCCAGCGAACGCGUCAUCGUCCUCAGCGUCGACCGGUUCAAAAUCGUUCCUGUCCCGGUUGCGCCAGCUGACCGGCCGGCUCAGCUUUAACUUUGACUCGCGGGAAUCGAAAAAGUUGCAGCUCUUGGCGGCAAAUGCUCCCGAGCGCAUCCCGAAACCUUCCGGUGUGCCAAAACGGGACCAUCGUCUGGAGAAGUCGCGCACGGUAGAAGUGGGAGAUCUCGGGCCGGUGGCGAUAUGUGGCGAUAGUACGAUGACUGGCCAACAGCCAGCAAGUGUUAGUAGUUCACUGAUGGUUCAUCAUCAACAUCAGCAGCAGCACCAUACGGUUGGACUCGUAGCAGGUGAGUCCUUCUACGGUGGAGGACCGCCGGUGGUAAUGAACCAACCGAAAUCAAUUUCACCCAUCCUCAUGCAGCACCGUCACAGUGAGGUGUUGGGUUUGGGUGGACCAGCGAGUGCCGCGGCCCGAAGCCGUGCCUACAGUCUGGAUGUGCCGAUCGGCGGACGUCACUGCUGUCGCAGUCUCAGCGGCAGUACUACUGGUGGUGGCGCUGGGUCUAGUUGCGGAGGCAGCCACAAGAGUCUCACCUUUUCGCUCAACAAUCGCUCCCUGACGGAGGACAACGAUGGUGGCAGUUUGGCGCUCGUGUCCAGUGAUCGUAAAUCGGGUAUAGGGCCACUGCGUAAUGGGACCGAUAACUCUCUGCUGCUAUUAGCGGACGAUCCGUCCUUGGCCGUCACCGGUGGUGCUGGUAGUGCACCGCCUGAUGAAACCAUUUGACAACAACAGCAACUUCAGCAGCAGCAACAUCAUCUGCUACAUCACACGAACUCUUCGUACGAACCGUCGCUGCAGGGCAUCUUGCUCACCUCAACCUCGCUGCAGGCCGAUUCACCGCAGUCGCAGCAUCUCGGGCCGGCACGCGCUUCCAUGGAUUCGGAACGCAGAGCACCAUUCGCCGAGUCAGAAUCCAUCUCCUCCAAGCACACGUCCGCACUGGUGAGCUACUGGAUUUGUUUGACCGAGCGCAUGAGUUCCCUGAUCUGCAAAUGUUGCGAGCGUACGCUACCGCCGGCGGAAAGCGUCUAGUGUCUACCCACACAGUUGCUCGUACCGGACGGGCGGGUGAGUUUUUCAGCAAGGGCUGAAACGUUUUAAUCUACACAGACACGCGGGCGGACAGUUUGCUGGCAUGUUCACUGCGUUAUCAGUUUGUUUCUUGUUUGUUUUUCAUUUCGAAUAGACAACGUUUUAACUAUUUACUGUCUACUUGCUUGUGUUCAUACUAUCUUUUACAUAUGUUAUGUUUUCUUUAAGCUUAUGAUUUUUCUCAUUGUGAAUUACAUAAAAAAAAAAUUUAUUACAUUGACUUUUAGCUUUUAACACGCGAGCUUAAUUCACGUAGAACAAUUCAAGACGAAAGGUAGAACUUUAAAUAAUGUUAGACUUUAGAACGGAACAUGCCAAAACUUAGGAAGAAAAAUACAACUGUCAAAAAUAGAACAAGUUGAAACCUUGGCGGAAGAUGAAAAUACAAACAAAAACGAUAGAUAAUAGAGGAAAAGGAGAAUCUAAACUAUAGUGUGCAUAAAAGAAAACAGAAACGAUUGUAUCGAUGUUACACAUGAACAUGUUUCAUUUCUCAUAUGGAAAUACUCCCCCAUCUCACCACCCUCACGAGACAGGCGGUAACAAAACUCCAGGAACAGAUCUGCUAAAGAAAACAUAUCACUAAACGUACCAAAAUUUGAUCGAAAAAACAAUUACUACACACGUUCCCUUUUUCUACCACGAUACAGCCAACGAUCUUUGACAACCUUUUUCUACAGAGCAUAAUUUUACACCAGAAAAAAAAGAAAACAAUGAAACAAAUAUGUAUCUAUCGGUAACGGAAGGUCUAACGAGAAAUCCAAUACGCUCCUUUUGCAUGGUUGAAUGAAAAGUAUAAAAGGCAGAGCUAUGUACUAAAUAUUGAAUUCUUUGGCAGCAUAGAGACCAACACAAACAACAAUUUUGAUUUUACAUCC